AACAGUAUGAACUUUGGUAGGAUUAACUACAGUCUUAAGAGCAAAACAACUGCGUUGUGUCGGAGAGGGACAUUUCUAGAGCUAAGGUUGGACAGGGGAUGAAUAUUAAGCCUGUCGUUUUCUUAUUGGGGGUAAAAAAAAUCAAGGCUGAGUUUGAGCUAACAACAAAGGAUAGUUUUCUGGAAGUCGGGACGGCGUGUGUCUUCAUCCACCUGAGCUGUGACAGCCUUAACACAACACCUUCCUGCUCAAAAGCCUCGUGUUCAUCACGUCGUGGGACAAUUUUUGCCUUUAAAAUGCUACUUUAUCUCGGUUAUUAGACCAUAACGUCAUGUUUUAUAGCUGUCAUCAUAGCGCCUGUCAACAUUUCUUCGGGAACAUCCGUUCUGGUGAAUUUCCUCCUGUAGUAAUCAGCUGUACCUUGAAACUCCGUUUUCGACUAGAAACAGCAUUUUAACAAAUCAUCAUUGUUUCUUAUGAAGCCCAUUGGGAGUGAACGCUUAAAUCACAUCCAUGUAGCCCCUCCUCUUUCUGCUGCGCUGACGAAGAGCCACAACACCAGAGAGCUGCGAGUCAGUCAGCCACCAAACACAGAGGAAGACAGAGGAUCUCUAGAGGAAAGACGAGUACAAGAAGGGAUCAAGUACGACAAUGAGGAUUAACUAACAUUUCUUGGACUGUGUCAAAAGGACUGAAGAGAUUGGAUCAGCCUUUGUUGGAUGUUCUUCUUGUGUUUGUGAGUCAAGACUGUAAACUAAACAGGUUUUCUUCCCUGUGAAGUGGAUCCUUCCUUACUCUGGAGAACACUUUUACUAUCUGUAGCCUACUGUAGCACUAUGGAAGCUUUGAGUUGUGAACAGUCAAGUCCAGUUCAUGCUAUAGAAAUCUAUGUGUUUGUGUUGUUAGUUGAUUGAAUAGUUUAUGCCAGAGUAAUAACAAUGGUUGAACCGGUGGGGUUUGUGGCGGCAUGGAGAGCCCAGUUCCCUGAGUCUGAUCCCCCUUGCAUGGAGCUGAGUUCACUGGGGAACAUAGAGCAAGAGCUGGACAAAUGCAAGGCAUCUAUCAGGCACCUGGAGAAGGAAGUUAACAAGGAGCGCUUCCGGAUGAUCUACCUGCAGACUCUGCUUGCAAAAGAGAGGAAGUCUUAUGAUGGGCAGCGAUGGGGAUUUAAGAGCCCUCCCCAGAUGAAUGAUGGAGACCUGCCCAGUGGCCCAGACAGCCAGAGGUCAGAUGAGGCACCAGUGGAGGAGCAACAGCAAAGAGGGCCUGGCAAGACAGCCAGGUGUAAACCACAUCCAGAAGGAGAGGUGGAUGGUGCCUCCCCAGCCAAACAGAAGGGUGGAGUGUCACCUGUCCGCCAGGACUCGGAGAUUCCUGAUUUCCCACUGGGCACAGGCUCGGUGGCUGCGCUGAGGUCCAACUUUGAGCGCAUCAGGAGGGCCAACUCUCACACAGCUGGAGAUGGCAGAGGGUUGUCAGUUAUGGGUGGCCAGGAGAAACCUUUCUAUGUGAACAUGGAGUACCAUCACGAGCGAGGGCUGGUCAGAGUCAACGACAGAGAGGUCUCAGACAAGAUCAGCACCUUGGGCAGUCAGGCCAUGCAGAUGGAGCGCAAGAGGUCCCUGCACUCUGUCCCUGGGAACCUGUCAGCCGCCACAGGGGACAUUAGCAAGGCUGUUCAGAGAGGCAGGUCCACCGAGGGAAACUGCAGUUACAAUGGGUCAUAUGAUGACGCCGAGGUCAGCCCGCACAUCCUGAAAGACAGCGUGAUCCGUUCCACUGGGGGGAAGUUUGAGCGGCAGCCAGCAGAGUGCCAGCCUUACACCAGUGUGUAUGUUGGGGGAAUGAUGGCUGACGGGGACACUCGGGUAAUCCACAUUAGGGACCACAGCAUAGAGGAGGAUGCACACCUCACCUGGCCGAGGCGCUCCUACUCCCCUGGCAGCUUUGAGGACGUAGGAGGAGGCUACACACCAGACUGCAGCUCCAACGAGAACUUGACAUCCAGUGAGGAGGACUUCUCCUCAGGCCAGUCCAGCCACGUGUCUCCCAGUCCCACCACCUAUCAGAUGUACAGGGAGAAAAGCCGCUCACCCUCCCAGCACUCCCAGCAGUCCUUUGACAGCAGCAGCCCGCCCACACCCCUGUCUCAGAAACGCCUGAAGCAGCAGGUGAUGGUGUCCGAGGCUUCCAUCAUCGGGGUCCGUAAAACGGGUCAGAUCUGGCCCAGUGAUGGGGACUCCACCACGUCCAGCAGGACAUCUCAUGACAACAGUGUUCAAGGAGAUCUGGAGGCUCCCUACAAUGAGACCCAUCCGUCAUAUGUCUAUGACCUGGAGCACUCGGAGGAUCACCAGCCUCGACACGACCCUCUAUCUUUCAGUGGAUCCCCGUCCUACUCGCCGCGGCUCCGCUCCAAGAGCCGGAGCAGCCGAGACACCCAGUCCUCUGGCUCUCUGGAGUCCACACUGUCGGUGGAGUUGGAUCAGGAGAAGGGGCUGGAGAUGAGAAAAUGGGUUCUUUCAGGAAUCCUGGCCAGUGAGGAGACUUAUCUCAGCCACCUGGAGGCCCUACUGAUACCCAUGAAGCCUCUGAGGGCCGCAGCCACAACUUCCCAACCGAUGCUGACCAUCCAGCAGAUUGAGACCAUCUUCUUCAAAGUCCCAGAGCUUCAUGAGAUCCACAAAGACUUCUAUGAUGCUCUGCUGCCCCGAGUCCAGGACUGGGGCCAUCAGCAGUGUGUGGGCGACCUCUUUCAGAAAUUGGCAAGCCAGCUUGGAGUGUACCGGGCCUUUGUGGAUAACUAUAAGGUUGCUGUGGAGACGGCAGACAAAUGCUGCCAGGCAAAUGCCCAGUUUGCAGAGAUAUCUGAGAAUCUCAAGGUCAAAAGCACAAAGGACUGCAAAGACCAGUCGGCUAAAAAUUCACUGGAAACUCUUCUCUACAAACCUGUGGACAGAGUGACGCGCAGCACACUCGUUCUCCAUGACCUCCUGAAGCACACACCCUCAAGCCACCCAGACCAUCCACUGUUACAGGACGCCCUGCGCAUCUCUCAGAACUUCCUGUCCAGUAUAAAUGAAGAGAUCACCCCACGUAGACAAUCCAUGACAGUUAAGAAGGGAGAGAACCGUCAGCUGCUGAGGGACCGCUUUAUGGUGGAGCUGGUCGAAGGUUCCAGGAAACUCCGUCACGUCUUCCUCUUCACUGAUCUGCUGCUCUGCACCAAGCUAAAGAAACAGGCUGCGGGAAAAGGGCAACAGUAUGACUGUAAGUGGUACAUCCCACUGGCUGACCUGACCUUCCAAACCAUUGAGGACUGUGAGUCCACCCCCAUCCCUCUGGUCCAGGAUGAGGAGAUUGACGCCAUGAAAAUCAAAAUCUCCCAGAUCAAGAAUGAGAUCCAAAGAGAGAAGAGAACCACCAAAGGACCCAAAGUGAUCGAGCGACUGAGGAAGAAGUUAUCAGAACAAGAGUCUCUGCUGCUUCUAAUGUCACCCAAUAUGGCGUUCAGAGUGGCCAACAGAAAUGGCAAGGGUUUUACGUUUCUCAUUUCCUCUGACUAUGAACGUGCCGAAUGGAGAGAGAUCAUUCGUGAGCAGCAAAAGAAGUGCUUUAAAAGCUUCUCUCUGACCUCUCUGGAGCUGCAGAUGCUCACUAACUCAUGUGUGAAACUCCAGACUGUUCACACGAUUCCAAUGACCAUGAAUAAGGAAGAUGAUGAAUCUCCUGGUUUGUACGGCUUCCUAAAUGUCAUCGUCCACUCUGCAUCAGGGCUGAAACAGAGCUUAAACCUUUACUGCUCCCUGGAGGUGGAUUCCUUUGGCUACUUUGUCAACAAAGCCAAAACACGUGUGUACAGAGACUCUACAGAGCCCAACUGGAACGAGGAGUUUGAGAUUGAACUGGAGGGCUCUCAGACUGUGAGGCUACUGUGCUAUGAGAAGUGCUGCAACAAAACAAAGCAAAGCAAAGAGGACGGAGAGAUCACAGACAAGAUCAUGGCCAAAGGACAAAUAAAGCUGGAUCCUCAGACAUUGCAAAACAAAGACUGGCAGAGGACAGUCAUUGCUAUGAAUGGGAUUGAGGUGAAGCUUUCGAUGAAGUUCACCAGCAGAGAGUUCAGUCUGAAGCGAAUGCCUUCACGGAAACAGUCGGGCGUCUUUGGAGUGAAGAUCAACGUAGUAACUAAGCGGGAGCGCUCCAAGGUUCCCCUCAUUGUGAGGCAGUGUGUGGAGGAGAUUGAGCGACGAGGGAUGGACGAGGUGGGAAUCUACAGAGUGUCUGGCGUUGCAACUGACAUCCAGGCACUGAAGGCUGCCUUUGACUCAAACAACAGGGACGUGUCUGUCAUGAUGAGGGAGAUGGACGUAAACGCCAUUGCUGGAACACUGAAGCUGUAUUUCCGCGAGCUGCCAGAGCCUCUUUUCACUGAUGAGUUGUACCCCAACUUUGCAGGAGGCAUCGCUCUCUCUGACAGUGUGGCCAAGGAGAGCUGCAUGCUCAACCUGUUGCUGUCUCUACCAGAGCCCAAUCUGGUGACCUUCCUCUUCGUGCUGGACCACCUUAAAAGGGUGGCUGAAAAUGAAAGCAUCAACAAGAUGUCUCUGCACAAUCUGGCCACAGUUUUUGGUCCCACUUUGCUGCGGCCCUCUGAAAAAGACAGCAAAAUCUCAAACAGCUCGCAGCCAAUUUCCAUGAAUGACAGCUGGUCUCUAGAGGUCAUGGCUCAGGUUCAAGUCCUUCUCUACUUCCUUCAGCUGGAGAGCAUUCCAACACCUGACAGCAAACGUCAAAGCCUUCUCUUCUCUACUGAAGUAUAACAGGAACAUCAUGCACUUGUCUGUAAAUGUUCUGCUCGGAGGCAGAAUGUCGGCUGCUUAAUGAGGUGGAUGCUGCUGAGCAGCCAUGGCUGGCUGGUUUCCUCUGAGGAUGCUUAAUGUAGCCACUAGGUGGAACCGUCAACACAUGGUAAACUGGAAACAGCCACCAUGACCAAAGCCAUUUCUUUUGGAGAUGUGAUGAGCAUGUGUGUUCUGUUUACUUACAAGCUUGCCUGCUGUGUCAGUAAAAGACAACUCUAUAUGAUGUGUGGACAAAUUAUAUCAUUCCUUUUGUAAUUAAAUUUUAAAUUUCAAGAAGCAUUAUUUACUGACUUUAAUAUUUUUCACUGCCCCGUUCUGUCACUGCACAUUAGCUCAAUAUUCACAGAGGGGGAUUUCUGCUGUAGUUGAGUUUUCAAAGAUUUAUCUCUGUGGCUGGAUGAUGGAUGGAUGAAUGGAAAUAUGUUUUUCCAUGUCUGUACAUUUUUUUCCCACCAGAAAUGUUUGACUUGGUUUUAAGCUCACCUGUGCCAAUGUUUCCCUGCUGAUGACCAAUAGAACAUUUCAGUUCCCCUAAUGUUUACAUACACUCUUAAUUUUGUACAGAAUUUAACAGUAUGAGACUGAAAACUGUAGUUAACACACAGCAACAUGCAGGCAUGUUGGCCGAACCAUUUAAAGUGUUUUAGUAUCUGUGCUAUACAGCUUGUAUAGUGACCUUAUUUCGUUCACAGGUUCUUCUGGUGGUGUCCGAGCCAACUUUUAUGUAGAUAGUGCUUUUUUGAAAGUGGUACAGAGAAGUGAAAGGCAAAUCAUUCAAGGAAAAGGGCGGGGCCUAACCCCUCCACCUGAGGAAUGUAUACUGUGCUGUGUAUAAAUUUUAAUUUUGCAGUUGUCUUUUGUCAAUAUUUCAUAUGUUUUGUGUCCACAUUGUUUUUUCUUUUUUGAUUUGAUUUAUUCUGUUGAUUUAUAUGUGUUGCUUCCUGCAUCCUUCACUGUAGUCUACCUAUCUAGGACAAAGCCACACUGCUGUAGAAAUGAGAGCACCUGGAGAUUAUCUCAAAUACCAAAUGUUCCCGAGUAAGAUCCUUGAAGCACAGUGAUUCACUCAUAUCCAUGUCCCCUGGCUUAUUACUAGGUUUAUCAUCCACAUGCCUAGAAUUACUUACUGAAAAUACACCCUGUGCUUGCAUUAAUAUUUUUCUUCCAAAUCACUACAAGUAUUCAAACACUUGUCAGCACAAACUAUAACCCUAAAGGCUUGUGAUUUAUGUAAAAUAAGCAAUAACUCUUAGUGAUUAUUAGGAUGAGACUAGUGGAUUGUGUAUGUAUGAUUUAUGUAAAUAAAAACUUGGUAACAAUA